UUUUGGCCCCUUGUGUGCAGCCCUUGGCCUCAGUGUGAUCUCCCAUGUGCAGCUCACUCAUCUCUGAGCACCUGUCCAGGAGGGACCCUCUGGAUCCUAUCACAGGAGGACGUAGUCCCUGAUCUUUCCCCACUACCACUACUACUACUACUACUACUACUACUACUACCACUAUCAUCAUCAUUACUGCUGGGAGUCGCUGGAUUCACAUGGACGAGAUGCUGCUCAGAGCUCUUCUGGUUGGGGUCUUCCUCAGCGCCCUGCUGCUGCCUCCUGCCUCAGCCUGUGGACCAGGCAGGGGGAUUGGCAAGAGGAGACACCCCAAAAAGCUGACCCCACUAGCCUAUAAGCAGUUUAUCCCUAAUGUGGCAGAGAAGACCCUGGGGGCCAGUGGAAGAUAUGAAGGAAAGAUCACUAGGAACUCGGAGAGGUUUAAGGAGCUCACCCCAAAUUAUAACUCUGACAUCUUAUUCAAAGACGAGGAGAAGACAGCAGCAGACAGGCUCAUGACCCAGAGAUGUAAAGACAAGCUCAAUGCCUUGGCUAUCUCAGUGAUGAACCAGUGGCCAGGGGUGAAACUGCGGGUGACAGAGGGCUGGGAUGAAGAUGGGCACCACCUAGAAGAAUCCUUACACUAUGAAGGUCGGGCAGUGGACAUCACCACCUCUGAUAAGGAACGUAGUAAAUAUGGGAUGUUGGCCAGACUGGCGGUAGAGGCUGGAUUCGACUGGGUCUUCUAUGAGUCCAAGGCUCAUAUUCAUUGUUCUGUGAAAGCAGGCUUUACUCAAAACGUUACAAUCUGCAUAAUGAACAAAUACACUGGUCUGGGUAAAACGGGGGACAUACUAAGCAUCUUUAUAAAAUUCAAUAUACAAGAAAACAAACAGGUCUCCGAAAUGGAAGUCCAAGUGGGUAACACGGUUGUAGAGCAAACUCUUAAAAGUCCUUCUCGUACAUACAAAAAUGGAGUUCUGAAGCUCCAACCACUGUCAGUAGGUUAUGCCUGUCUUAUCAUAGUGCAGGAGAAGCCAGUGGCCGAGAUACAGAUCAGAACAAUGGAUCAUUUACAUCGCUCUGCAGCCUCUCAUAUCCUCAUUGAUAUCGAGGAUCCUGAACAAAGUGCACUAGUCCUCUCCAUUAGUCCAUAUAUUGAGGACAUCCUGUCCCCGUCAACCCCACACUGA